AGUAGGUUUCAGGCCUCUCUCUGGCACUGCUAGCUCCCUUGUCCCUCAGCAGAUCCCUUCCUCCCUCCGCCUGAGUCUCUGCAUCAGUAGGAAGCGGUCUCAGCCUCAGCUUCAAAAGAACAAACAGGCUCUCAAAACAAAGGAAGACAGUCUGACUGCAGAGGAAGCAGGAAGCUGCCAGCCCUGCUCGGAGCCCAGCUGCGGGGAUUCAGGGACAGCGACAUGGAGUCCGUGGCCCUCUACAGCUUCCAAGCCACAGAAAGCGAUGAGCUGGCCUUCAACAAAGGGGACACACUCAAGAUCCUGAACAUGGAAGAUGACCAGAACUGGUACAAGGCAGAGCUCCGGGGUGCCGAGGGGUUUAUUCCCAAGAACUACAUCCACAUCAAGCCCCACCCGUGGUACUCAGGCAGGAUUUCCCGGCAGCUGGCUGAAGAGAUCCUGAAGAAGAGGAACCACCUGGGAGCCUUCCUGAUCCGGGAGAGUGAGAGCUCCCCUGGAGAGUUCUCAGUCUCCGUGAACUACGGGGACCAGGUCCAGCACUUCAAGGUGCUGCGUGAGGCCUCAGGGAAGUACUACCUAUGGGAAAAGAAGUUCAACUCCCUCAACGAGCUGGUUGACUUCUACCGCACCACGACCAUCGCCAAGAAGCGGGAGAUCUACCUGUGUGACGAGGCGCCCCUGCUCAAGACACCCCAGGCCUACUUUGCCCAGGCCCAGUUUGACUUCUCCGCCCAAGAUCCCAAGCAGCUCAGCUUCCGCCGAGGGGCCAUCAUCCAGGUUCUGGAAGACCAGAACCCCUACUGGUGGCGGGGCCAGUUGUGUGGACGUGUUGGCUUCUUCCCACGGAGCUAUGUCCAGCCGGUACAGCUGUGACUGGAGUGGGGUCCAGGGGGAACAGAGCCAACAGACCA